CGAUAUUUAGUGUGUUUUCUUCAUCUGUUCACGUUGAUUACAUGUUUUAUUUAAUUAGCGUAACGGUAAAUUUUACACGCACUCUUUAGGGAAUGUCGCAGUAGAAAUGAGUGAAGCAGCCGUGGCAAUUUAUGGCUGUUCGACUGCCCUGAUUAUACCCCAACUUUCACAUUUGCUGUGCUGUUUAUUGUAUUAAUGUAGGAAUUGAAGGAUAUUUCCAAGAUGUGACACAACAGAUGGCCACUCAUUCUGCACGGCAUAAUAUAUCAACUAAAAAGACUACGCUUGUUAACAAAAUGAUGCAUAGAAUGGUGACUCGUGUUUACUAGAAAGUCUUCAGGGAUGUGUGUUGUUUGUGCUGGGCAAUGGAAGCAGGUCAGAAAGGGGCAGAUAAUUCAGAGUUGGUCUUAUCAGGAAUUCCCAAGAUGGAUACGUCAGGACUGCCAUUGCCCAUUAUACAAGCAGCUGAUCUACAAAAUUGUCAGGCAUUUCCAGAUCAGGGAACAUCUCUUUCGUAUGUUUUCCCCACGAUUCCGCUCUCAAUCAAUGCUUCCAUACCACUGCUCACAGAAGGACUAAAAACUCUUCCAGUAGUGAAAGAAGAAAAAGGAUUAAGGCAAACCUUUGAUCCUGUCACAACACAAGCACUGCAAGACAUUGUUAAUUCAGGUUUAUAUGUACCAUUCUCAAAAAUGUCCGAUUCUAAUUUUACACAGAAUAGUGACAAUGGAAAAGAUGUGAAAAGUGGUUUUGAAAGACAAGACAUGCAGACGGUUGGUGGCAACCUAGCUGAAGAUAAAGGCAUGUCACCCCUAAACAUUUUAGUGGUAUCAUACCCCGACACCGGUCAACAGAGUCCUUCUGUCACUCAAGCAGGAGCACAAGGGCUUCGUUUUCAAUCUGCAGGUGGUGCAGGGGAUGCCAUGUUGAGUGCUAUAAACUACAACGACAGCGACAUGCUGCCAGACAGUGCCUUUGAUAUGAAUGCUGCAAAUUCUGCUCCUAACCUGCCACAUUUAGAUGAUGGAAUUCUUGGCAGUAUGGGGAACCCAGCUCAGAAUAUCCGUUUGACAGAGGGCCAUCCUACCCAUUCAUUUGACUUAUUUGACAGUAAUGUGCAUGACACAUUGUCACUAUCACCUCAGCCUUUCUCGGAUCCAAGUUUUUCAGUUACAGAUACAAGUAACUUAAGUGCUACAACUGGGGAUUCAGAAGCAGGUAGUGGUGAGCGGCGGCAGUCUGUGGAAUCUCCUACUGAUGGUGCUAGUAAAGCCAAAGGUAAAAACCGCCAGCCCAAGGCUCAGGUGUCUCCGUCUAAAACAAUGAUACAGUGCCCCACCUGUAACAAAGCUUUCAACAACUCCAGUGCCUUGGCUAAGCAUCGCCUGACACACAGCGAUGAACGCAAAUAUGUUUGCUCCGUCUGUCAGAAGGGCUUCAAACGACAGGAUCAUCUCAAUGGUCACAUGAUGACACAUCGAGAGAAGAAGCCAUACCAGUGUCAGAUGGAGGGUUGUGAGAAGAGCUAUUGUGAUGCCCGAUCUUUAAGGCGUCAUCUGGAGGCAAACCACCACCAGUCACCUGAGGCCAUUGCCAACAGUGUUCAAGCCAGUAUGGCUGCAGCUGGUAUUCCUACAACAACCCCUGGAAAACCCCGACCGGCAGAGAAGCUGGCCGUGCAGGAGGCUGUGAGUCGGAUGCAGAUGGGGGGGUCCCCCUCCUACAGCGCCAACACCACCCCCUCACCUAGUCCCAGCUACACAAGCCCCAACCCACAAGGACAGAUAUUCCAGUUUGAGACCCAGUCUGGUUUACCGACCACUGUUGUUUCCACACAACAAGCUACACCACCCCAGGACCAGUCCUGGCAGGAAAGAGCUAGAGUGUAUGAUUUUGUAGUUGAAGGCACCUCAGGCUCCAGUCAACCCAGCCCUCAUAGCGGGGAUCAGUCUCCAGGGUAUGCUGCCCAGGUUAGCCCAGUGACACCAGUGAGUCCGAUACCCCACAACCAACCCACCAGUCCCCUCACGGGACAGCAGCGACCAGCCUGGUUCACCACAACACCAACACCACAAACGGAGAACAAGAAUACAAGUGAAGAAACCAAGCCACCCGUCCAGUGCAGCAUCUGCCAGAGGCGGUUUAAAAAUAUUCCAGCACUCAAUGGUCAUAUGCGUCUUCAUGGAGGAUAUCUUAAAAAGAGUAAAGAAGAGAAGAAGGCGGCUAAAAAGACUGAGAUGGGACCUCCUCCGCCCCCUUCCCCAAGACAGACUGUCGCCACAGCCAACCCAACACAGCUGCAGGUCCAGAUGAGUCCAGUGUUGCCCAACAUCAGCCAGGCAUUCCAGACACUGUCAACAACACCAGAAGUGAGCACCAGUCAGAGUACAUUACAGGCUUGUGGGCUGACCACUGUCACUGUGCACCAGGGUCAGAUCAGUCAUGACAGUCAGCUUCUUAGGCAGCAGCAGCCACAGCAGGUCAUCCACCAGCAACUUCAGCUUCAUCCCAAUCCACAAAUCCUGGAAGAACAAAGUACUAAUUCCAUAGAAGAACAAAUCAAGAAUCUUCAAGCCCAAGCCUUCCAGCAGCAACAACAGCAAGAUCAGCUGGCCGCAGCCCAGGAUCAGCUUCCAUCUUCACAUGCUCAACAAGCCGCUCAGCAGAUCCAGCAGUUGGUUCAAAGCGUGCAAGCAGACCAGCUGCCUCAGCUUACUGUGCAACAACUUGAGCAGCUGCAGCAACAUCCACCUCAACAGAUACAAGUUCAGCAACCCUUGGGACAGAUUCAUCAGUUACCCCAACUGUCACCACAGCAGAUAGAGCAGCUGCAGCAGCAGCACUUGCAACUUGGGCUGCCAGCUCAGCUCCAGGCGACCCAGCUUCAUCAGCUCGUGCAGGAGCAUCAUUUACACCAGUUGCAGCAACAGCAGGUGUCCCAAGCAGAGGUAAUCACCACCCAUUCCCAGCCAAUCUCAUCUUCUCAACAGUUCAUUCAGCUGACACCUCAGCAACAGCAGCAGCUGCAGCAGCUGGCGGAGAUCACACACAUUCCUGUGCAGGAGAUGUUGGAUGAUUCGAAGGAUAGUGCAGCAGAGAAGCAGCAGCAAAUACAGCAGAUUCAGCAGCAUCUGGCAGCUGUGGACCAACAGACUGCUCAGAGUAGCGGCCAGCAGAAUCCCUUUCCUCAGAAUGUAGAGUUUACAUCUGCAGGAGAGGUCCAGAUUGCUCAACACCAGUCUCAGGACUUACCACAGCAAAUUAACUUGGAUAUUGCUGCUAGAGACUUGCCACCAAAUUUGGAACUCCAGCUGCCACAACAGUUAUUGCCCCUCCAGUCUCCACCCAUAACACUUAACUCUGUGGCUAUACAGAGCAGCUUGCAAAAUGCACUCAGUUUAGUGCCUCAUCUUGAACAAAGACAAGUGCUGUCAGGCAGUGGACAGACCCAGUUCGUCAGUGCCCCACAUCUGACUACAGGGCCAAUAUCCUUGUCACCUGUGACAGACAACCAAGAGGUGACUGUUGCACAGCUACUUAACAGUAUGGCAAACUUUCAGGAGGGUCUGUUACUGCAGCCCACGAGUCAGACACAGACAGGAAUCCCCAGUGACAUCUCAGUGAUGCAGAGUCAGCCAUCUGUUACCCUUAACCAAGAUAACUUGUCAAAUAUUCAGUCAACUUUUAACCCUCUCCACAUGCCACAGUCUGUCUCAAUUCAGUCUCUUCCAACACCACAACAAAUGUUGGACAGCAUUACCUCAAUGCCUCACUUAUAUACUAUUAAAUCAGAACAUUUACCAAUGGACAUUCAGAGUUCAGUCUUGGGAGAGGGGAGCAUGGCUCCAAAACACAAAAGUGACUUUAAGCCUAUUGUAGAGCAGAAUAGUGAACUUAAACGUAGAUUGUCUGCUGAUUUAGAUAGAAGCUGCUCUCCUAAGAAACUGUUAACAUCACAGAACAGUCUUGCUAUGCUUCUCACCAGACCAGGUGGUGAUAGCUUUGCUAAGCCAUCACUGACUAAAGACUUGGAUGCAGUGAGCAGGGUUAGAAUGAGAAGUAAGUCAGGAGAUGAUCACAAAUUAAAAAGAUCAAAAAGCGUGGAUCACACAUUCAUGCGACCCAGAAGUCGCACUGAGUCUGAAUCAAUAUAUAGACCAAAAAGUAGGGUUGAUGACACAAUUAUUGGGAGAGCUAAGAGUCACCCUGACGACAUGCUGUCCAGAUCUGAUGGUGCUGGUGUGUUCAGAAAUCCAAUGUCCGCCAGUCCCAUGAAGGUGAAACGAAAACAUAGACCAGCUCCCCUGUUUAUUCCAUUGCAUCUGAAUAGCUUCCAGAGUCGACUCCGCUCCCCGCGUCUGUGGGAUGGAGGUGAUGGGCGACUCCGAGGUUCCACCCCUCCACCUUACACUCCACCGCCUAUGCUGAGUCCUAUUCGAAGUGGUAGUGGCUUAUUUUGGACCUUACCGGGUAUCAAACCCAUCACUCCCAGAUCUGCACCAAUCACACCGAAGCUCUCUCUGGCUAACAGAAGAGCGAGUCAUGGGCACAAGCCUGAGGCCAUACCGGAGGUUGUUGAGGAAGAACAAGAAGAGGCUCCACCAGAGACGGAUAUACAGCCACAUGUCAAUGUUGGAACACAAUACCAAGCAGAGUUACCAGCUUAUAACUCUGAUCGAUCAAGAGCAGCAAAAUGUGUGUUUGGAGAAGACUUAGUGUGGGAACCUAGGGGAAUGGGGUCUAACUCCGAUGAGGAUGUGCAAUAUUACCAGGACUUUGCAUGCUCUGCAGCUGUGAAGGGCAAUGGCUCGAAUGUUGAAUAUGCUCUACAUCUACUCUACCUUUGUGAAGGAAAUGUGCAGAAUGCAAUGUUGAUGCUGAUGGAUGACCCACCGAAGUUGCCGAGGAACCAUGGAAUAUCAGCUUUCAAGUAUCAAGAAUCUGACCCAUGGACAUCUCAGGAAAUUGAGGCCUUUCACCAGGCGCUGCUUCGGUUCAGCAAGGAUUUCUUUGCUGUUUCAAAUGAGGUGAAAACAAAGAACACAAAGCAGUGUAUUCAGUUCUACUACCUGUGGAAAAAAGUUUGUCCCGAAGAUUACAAAAAGUUAAGAGCACUGAGGCGUAAGAGAGAACAGGAAGCUUUGUACAAUCUGAGAUCCCGACCCCAGGGAGAGGAGCAGCAACAGCAGCAGCCUCAGCAGCAGCAACAGCAGCAGCAGCAGCAGCAGCCACAGCUGCAGCCUCAUCCUCAACAGCAACAGCAAGAGGAGUCAGACUCUGAGGACAGCAUCUCUGCCCACUCUGGAGAACCUAAUGAGAUAAAGUCUGACCUUGAGAGCUCUUCCAUGUCCUCUUCCCCGGCCCCAACAUACACCUGUGACUACCCAGAAUGCAAUGCUAUCUUCACCUCCAAGCAGGCCCUGAAUGGCCACUCAAGGAUGCAUGGAGGGGGACCAGUAAGACCUCCCCCUCCAUUCCAUGAUACUAUGCCAGAACGCCCUCAACCACCACCUCCACCUCCACCACCACCCCAUCCCCAUCCACAUCCACAUCCCCACCCCCCUGUCCAACGCAAACCUCGCCCUGCCACACCCAGCAAACCACCAGCUACAGAUGGCACUGGAGACAUCUUCCCAUGUAAACUCUGCAACAGAGUGUUCUACAAGGUGAAGAGCAGGAGUGCUCACAUGAAGAGCCACAAAGUACAGGACAAUGAGAAGAACAAAGCCAGAGAAUUAGAGCUGGCUAAGUUGAAGGCUGCAGCAGAGGUUCUUUGAAAUCUGCUGUCUUCUCAAGACUUGCCUAUGUGACUACAUGACUUAUCUGCAGAUGUUAAAUGCUCAUCUCUGUAUGUCUGGAGGAUAGCAGAUGCAUGAUUACACCUUUCAACGUGGGAAACCUCAUGAAUAGGUAGAAUUAAUUGGGUUACUGAAUGCUGAAAUUCAAACAGGGUAUGUCAAAACAGCCAUUCAGUAGAUACAAUUCUGAAUCUUCUAGUUGGAGCCUAAGAGUUAAGCAGGAAGGCUCUUUUGUGUCAAUGGCUUGCUUCCCGUGCCACAGGUAUCUACUGUACUCUUGGAUCUGCUGUUCCAUGGAUGCAGUUCUGGAACUGUGUAGUGGCUUGGUGUCUUCUGAACCUUGAAGAAGUAAACAGGUUGGAUAAUCCCACUUCAGUUCAUGAUGGCAGCUUCAAGAUUUUAUUCUCCUUGUCUAUACAUGACAAAGUGUGCUGGAAGACCAGAAGCUCAAGUUUGUCAAGGGACUUGAAGUUCUAUAGCUCAUGUGGACUUGCUGCACUUGCACACUCACUUGUCAUGGUCGUGUCACACAACCAGUUAUGGCCUCAUAUCAUGUCAGCUCCUACCAUGUUUUUUUAUGAUUGUGUACUUUCUGAGCUUUCCUUUUAGAUAGCAGAACAUUUUAGAAAGACCUUGACAGUAGAUAUGUUUGAAAGAAUGUUUUAUACGAUGUUCUUAACAGUUUUAACUCAUGUGGUGCUUUAUUAUGACCCAGUGGCUGUGAUGUUGGGAGUGUGAGAAUGACAUGGUGUGACACCCUAUAUUACACUGUUAAGACAUGUGGAGGAUUAACACUAGGCUUCUUUAUGAAGGAUCACAUACGUUGCAUUACAGCUACACCAUGCACACACCACACCACACCACACCACAUGUCUGAUGUGAAUAUAAAUACAUGUAUGAUUCUAAAAUUUAAGGCUUAAGAAAAAACAUGUUAUUUUUAUGUACACUGUACAGAUGAACUUUUUAUUGAUACAUGCAGACUAGUACUAUAUCAUGGAUCUGAUGGGGGUAAGUAUAAGGUUUGUUAUGGCCUGGAUUAAACAUAUUUUUAUAAAUUAUGAUAAAUUAGGGACAAAAUGUGAAAGAUGUGUGGACUUAUAUUUGACAAAGAAUAGGGAUGAGCAUGUGCCAUAACUCAUGUUGAAGUGCUAAUAUUCCACUCAAUUCAAACUGAUGGAAUGCAAUGAGAGUGCUAUAAAUAAAAUUCUUUUUCAAUUGGGGAAAAGACAUGUAAGAUCUCUCUGAUGAUUAUAAAGUUAUUCUUGAUCACAAAGUUGUCUCUCCCUGUCUCCUGUUUCUCAGAUAAUUCCAUUUUCUGAACCAAUUGUACCAUCAAACUAUGUUGAAGAGUUAUUGUAUACAUGGUAUAUAGUAUUCUAUUUCCUGAUAUCCAUAGAAUGCUUGUCAGUGUAAGAUUCUGCUGCAAUGAAAUAUGGAACUUAUAAAUUGGCUUUCUCUUGACAGUACAGUAAUCUUGUAAACAGUAUUCAGAUAUAGGACUGAGGGAUAGCCUCUCUCACUACCUCAUGUGUCGGCCAGUAAUAUGCCUGUUUUUGGAUAGUUAGACUGCCAUGUUUGUUACAGAUGAAAAUACCCAUAGGAGGAGGCAGCAGGAACGUUAUCUGGGAAAACUGCUUUGGAAUUGCUUUAGUGAUAACUUGAAUCAGUAAUAUCUCAUUAUCUUCUUUAAUCAUCUUAUUAUGAAAUCACUUCUGUCAUGGAUGAAAGUAUUCCCUUCUUCAAUAUAACAAUCAGUUAACUUAAUGCAGGACACAGAAAAUCCAAUGAGAUCAAAUGGCAGUUUUCUUUAUGUAAGCAGUAUUAAGUACAUAUUACACUAGGUGCAUGUACGGUUCUGUGAACUCAAGCUGGCCUCAUGGAGUCUCUGUCUGCCAUUGUAUUGCUCACAAUGGUGUAUGUGUGCUCUGAAAAGCUAUUGGUUGGAAAUGUGCCAAAUGUUUUCUACAUUUCAAUGUCCACAUCUGUCUUUUUUAAGCACCUAAUAUAUUAGAUUGACACUGGCAAUGCUGUGCUGGUGGAUUUUGACCCACAUUUUACCUGUAUUCGUCUGCUGAUUUCUAUCUUAAUAACUGUUGUCAGCCACUAAAAACAUCCCCAUAUCAUCAAACAUACAGUUCUUUUGAAACGAACAUGUUAAGUGGCAUAUAUUUUGUUUCAAAGAUAUAUACAUGUGUAUAGGUGUUGUUUUUUCCUAAAUGUGUAGGUUAUAAUGUAGUGAAGUAAUCAUGUCUGACCUGGAAGAAUGGAAGAUGUGAGAAUUCUUUCCUCUUGGGCACAAAUUACCUGUAUUGUCAGCAGUGGUCUGCUUCCCUUCUUUCUUCUUGAUGUUUGAAAUAGUGACUUCAUAUGUGAAUGAAUGUUAUUCAAAACUAUUUUUGAGACCCAUUAACCUAUGUACGUUUAAUUUGAUCAACCAAAAUAUUGGGGACCAGAAACUAUUUCCUAAUCGGUUUCGUUCAUAAAUGUGGAAUCUUAACAUCGUGAUACUCAAUACAAAUCCUAAUAUGGGGAUAAGACUAUUUAUCUCAUCAGAAUAUUAUUUUGAUUAAAAUUAUAUCAUAAGGAAAAUGUGAGUAACUAAUAAACAGUUUUCUGGUCAAGCCACACCACAAAAUGUGGCAAGGAGCCUUAAACCAAGCCAUGACUUGCAUGUUGAGAUAUGAUGGAAUUUACACAUAGAUGCAUAAUUGUUUUGUUUUGUUGUUCUCAUUUUUUUCGUAGAAAUAUAUCUUGACUACAGGUGGCACAACUAUUUUCUUUUAAACAUUCCUUUGAUUAUUUAUAAAUGGGUUUAAUGACUCCAAAGUAGUUGAAUUGCUAUUGGUCUUGUCCGUCCAUUCUGUCUUCACCUGACAUCAAGUGGAAACCUCAUCCAAAGGAUAUUCUGUUGCUUUUUGUGAUUCAUUUCUGAAUGUUCUAUCAGUGUGCUUCUGUUUGUUUUCAUGCAUCAGUUUUGAAAGAAUAAUCUUUAGUUUUAAUUAUUUAGAUAUUUUAAUAUUUAUUUAAGGGAUGUUUCAAAAUUACUAUUGAUAUGUGCUGUAUCUAAUAAUUUAAUGAUGUGUUGAGUUAUUCUUUUGUGUUUCAACCAUUUACUUGAACUGGAACCAAAAGUGUUUGUUAAUGCCUUACAGUUGAAAGUACAGUACAAAUAUCUUUUUCCUCUUUGAUAUAGUAGAAUAUUGACUUCAAUAUUAAGAUUAUAUACAUUUGUUACUAUCAGAUUUUAAAGUGGAUCUUCAACCAGACAAAUAAGCAUGACUAUUGAAUAUUUUUAUGUAUGUUGUUAAGAUAUUGUUUAAAUUUUAUAUUAUGACCUUCAAAAACGUAUGAGUCAGAAAUUCCUGUGAAACUUGGUAUGGCGUUUCAGUGUACAAACCAGUAUUAAAUAGUAGUAAUUCUUAGUUGUUCUGCCAAGGCAUGACGAACUGGUAACAGCCACUCUGAUGAGGACAGCAACCCAAUGUAACAGACACUACAAGACUUUAAUUUAGUAUCUCAUCAAGCUCAAACCUUUGAUAGCCUUUUUAUAUUUCCUAAAUCUGCAGCUUAUUAUUUGAUUGACGACAGGUGCAGUUAGUAGUUCUAGUCUAGUAUCACUAGGUUGUCGUGACAUGAGGAGGAAUGUCUAGAUCCAACCUAUUUUUAAUGAAAGGUAUUAAUGGAAAGUGCAAGGCAGAGGAUAAGGAAAACUUUAGCUGAAAUUCUGAUCUUACUGUGAGUAAGAGAUCGUCAAUGAUGGUUCCUGGCGAGUUGGCUGUUGCUGGAAGUAAAACUAACAAUUCAUACUGCUUUGUGUCAUGGUCUUCACUAAUCAUUGCUCCAUUGUUGCAGAUGGAAUGUUAUUUUUACAUUGUCUUUGUGAUUUUAACAUACUUUGAGAUACUUUUAUACUUACCACCUUCAGUGUUAUGUACGUUUGUCAGUGAGAAUUAGGGCAUAAUGAAUGUUACCAGUAUAAUGCUCAUAUCAAGUUGCACUAACAAUGUAUGCAUGCAUCUGUUUGUUAAUGACCACACCUCUAAUGAAUUGUAUCUCUCUGGUCAUUGUACAUAACUAUGACACAUUUGCUCAUCAGGUUGAGUGCUUCUACACUUAUGACCAUACACACUAAUAACUUCAAAAGUUAAUCAGUUGGUUACAUUAAGGACUCUUGAGGCAUCCUUAUUAUUAUAUUCUAAUCUGGAUAUAUUGCUUUGUCAUUCCACAAGUACAUCAUAUUAUGAAGCAAACAGAUUUGCUUAUCUGAUAGUGAAUUUUAUGCAUCCAUACCUUAUUGUCAGUUGUCAUCAAGGUUGUGCAAGGUACCUUGAGUAUUGGUCACUUUCAGGGUAAAGUGGACCAGGUCAGUUGAACUUCAAUGACUUUAUGAUGUGUGAAGCCCAUUUCUGGUGUUUCCUAGCGUGAUAUUGCUGGAAUAUUGCUAAGUGUGACUAUACUCAUACUCACUCAAUGACUCCAUUUUUGUGUUGUCUUUGAAGGCAUGAUAAAAGUUAGAUAAAAAUAAAUGUGUUUUGUGUGUGUCUAAUUUCAAAAGUAAGAAAAAUAAUGUUUCACUGUUCAACUGAAAUAUUUAAUAUUCUAUUAUGAAAUCCAACUAAAUGAAAUAAUUUUAGAAAUAGCUCCAAACCUGCAUGACAUUUUGAAUUACAAAAUUACAAAAUGCACAGAAUUGGGCAUAGUGUAGAGUAACAGAACCAUUACUGUUUUCCAUGCUUCUUAGUGCAAGGAAAGCAUAUUGGCUCAAGUGUAUGUCAUAAGUGUAGAAGUGACUCAUUACCACUCUGUAUGUUGAUCAUUGUUGCCGCAUCACCUGUGUGUGAGUGUGUGUGUGAAGUAUGUUUGUGGCGAGUGUGUAACUAUGCUGUACAUAGUGUAUCUAUGUACUGUUGUUCAGGAGUUGUCCUGGUUGUGGCUUAUAUUGCUGUUGAGAAAAGAUUUAUUUUGUUAUCAGGUAAAACCAGCCUGUUGUAUCCCCUAGCUAGACCCCUAUUGUACCGUGCUUGUCAAACAAAGCUUGUAUAUUGUCCUUUGGCAAGCAGGAGAGAAUGCCAUGUUUAUGUUUUGACUAUUGUUAGUGGUGCGAUAUGAUUCUAUAGAACCAUUCUUGAAGGUACCUUUUAUCAACCAUGCCAUUUUAGUCAUCAUCUCUCAUGACAUAGCAUUUUCAUCGAAUAAAAUGAGAGGUUGGAUGUACCUCAUGAAAGAAAAUAA